UAUCUAUUUUUCUAGUCUUAUCAUUUUAGACAUCAAAGAUAUGUUGUCUUCUGUGUAUUCUUUUUUCACCGGUCUCAAACGCGUCUCCUCUUCAGAUUCUAACGACAAUAAUAGUGAUAACGAUGAUUACGACAAUACGCAACAACCCGAAACUAAUAAAUUGUUACUCUACCCACAUCCUAAUGCGGUGUAUAACGAACUAACGUGUAGCGAAUGCACAAAUCCUAACGACGUUUGCGGUCUGUGCCGUAAUUCUAGAAUAACAUUAGACAGCGAAAGCGACGACGAUGACGGCAGCGUCGACAUUAUCUGUUCCGAGAGUACUACGUACAGCAAUAGAUAUUCAGGCGGUGCUGCGUACGGCAAAUAUUGCCUCAACACAAACACGGUCAACCGUUUUGAUAGUGUCGACGGCGAACACGUUGAAAGUGAUAAUUGUAAAAUUAUAGACUAUAAUUUGGAAAAUUACAAAAAAUUAUUAUCAAUCGUGGACGAUUGCGAGCUGAAAAACAAAUAUUUUUCAACGAGUUUCGAUUUGUCGGGGAAUCGAGUAUUGUGCUUUCCACCGAUAGACGUAAAAAAAAUGUGCGGCGACGGUUCGUUGAUGAUUUAUAAAAUGUUGAAAAACUACGAACUGCUGGCUGUAAAGUAUAUUAAAACGAAUAAAAUAUCAUUGCGAACUAACGAUGAGUAUUUAUUUCACAUCAUUAAAUGCUCAUUAGAUUGUAGAGAAGUGGAAGAUUUUAUAAAUAUAGGUUCUUUUAGUUUUUGUAAACAGUUGUUUUGCGUUUCUCUUCUGAUAAACUACUUGUAUUUUAUAAAACAACAAUACACGACAUCAUCAUCAUCAUCGAGACUACGACAAUACGUUUUGUUAGAAUGUUUGUUUUUAAAAUCAAAAACUCGUAGUGGUUUUUUCGAUACAAAAGAUGUGGAUAAAAUAGAAACGGAAAAAGACGUGCGCGUAGAAUUUAAAAGAAGGAUCAAAUCAUCGCAGUCGUCGUUGUCAUCGUCUUCUGAAGAUAGUUUAAACAUUUUAAAAGUAAUAAUCGUCGAUUUUUCUAUAUCAAAAUUGAAAUGACGAGAAACUUCAAUCUAUUGAAAAACGCAGCCGAUCAACUCCGUAAGGACAUGGCUAUUGUAGAUGAUGAUGAUCAUAACUAUCAUCGUAUCGAGGAUUUCGUUCGAUUGGAUCAUUUGGAGUCGGCGUCGUCAUCGUCAUCGCAAUCUAGUGUAUGUGUGGUUCUAAAUAAAGAGGCGAAUGGACGAAUUCGAGUUUUUUUACGUAACACCGAUUGUUUUAAAUAUUUUAAUUUUACAAAAGACACGGCAAAUUUGUCAAAAGUCGAGUUGAAAAAAGAAAUGACAGAUAUUAACGAAUGUAUAAAAUCUAUAAAUCAAAUUGUAACGAGUCCUUUAAAAUCUCACGCAUCCAAUAUUCAAAUGUUACUUAGUGGUUGUAAAAAUU